AGGUGAUGCAUCACGUUAUUGCGGACCCUUCAGGAAUUAUGAUCAUUAUGUAGAUUUCCUAUGGGAUCUUACAAACAGCAACCAGCAGACAGUCCUAAGUGUGAUCUCUUGGAUCUUCAAGCCAGGGGUGGUAGCAGGGAUCCUUGGGAUUCUAAUCCUUUUGGUAUACUGUGCAAAAUCCAUGGCAGAAGGGCGAGCAGAGAUGAUUAACGUACUACGAAAACAGCUGGAGCUUGAGAUGCGUGAUAGAGCUUUCCUCCUUCAAUUAACAGACAGAGUAUGUAGAGGAGAGUAUAGGCCCUCAAUUACUGAUGAUAUUCAGAGAGAUGCAACUUGUUCUUCAACCAGAAAUCUACACAGCUUGACUCAAAGGGGCUCAUUUGUGUUUACAGAGAGCAAAGGCUAUCAUGACAACAGUGAUCUGAAUGAUCAACCUUUUUGUGGAUCGUUGGAUUGUGAAGAGGGUACUAAAUGCAUGCCACGUGUUUCACCAUGAUAUAAUUAAUGUUUCACUUAGAGUCACUUGGAGAGUCACUGCUGUAGGAGUCAAGAUGUGUAACAGCUGAUUUCUACUCCAGCAGAUAUUAUGCAAUAUACCACAUACCACUUUGUAUUAGAUUUGAUGCCUAGGUCAAUGAUUAACUUUAGACAGGCUGUAGACUAAGGUGUUACAUAUAUUUUACUUUUUAAUCAAGAAUGUGUAAAUAUUGUAUGAAGGUAUUUUUGUUGAAAAAUUUGUCAUUUAUUGAUUUAUCUUUUUUUCUUGUUUUUCUAAUGUAGAAUAAAAUCAUAUGAAGUAUGUGUGCAUUAGUAUGAAAUAUGUAUAUCAUUGGCAGUCACUGACCUAUAUAAAUAAUAUUGGUGCAUUAUGUAUUAGACAGAUUGUUUUGUUAUUUUUGUCUGUAGUUGAUUGUCAUUUAGUAUAUAUAAAUGCAAAUAGGAUAUUUCAAGUAAUACUUUAAUGAAAUUUAAAAAUGUAUAUUUUUCAUGUAAAGAUAUCUGUAAUGGUUUAAAUAUAUGAAGCAUAAAUGUAGUCUUUAGUUCAAGUACAUAUUCUCUAGUUGAUUUUAACUGUUAAACUUUUCUUCUAGUUUGUUUAUGAAAUAAAGUGAUAGAUAUUGUAA